AUGGGAUCAACAACGUCAGCGCCCGAGCCCACUGCCGAAUCUCCAGAUUCGCAGACGAAGAUCACUCCUCAAGAUAUAGCUUCAUCUGACGGUAUCUCCGAGCUCAAACUGUCGAGAGAUGGCUCUCGCGUGGUGUAUACUGUCGCUCCGUUGUACAAAGCAGGCGACAACAAGGUGUCUGCGUUGUGGCUGGCUGAUACCUUUGCAGAUGAGAGCGCACGUCAGAUUACACUGGGUGGCCAUCGCAAUUUCUCGCCUGCUUUUCACCCUACGUCACCUUCCCAGGUGUAUUUCCUGUCCGAUCGUGACGAAGCUGGAGGAGUGGCGCAUCUCUAUACCAUCACUGUCACCGACAGAGAUAGCCUCGACACGAAGAAGAUUGAUGAGACGGCCACUCCCGUUGUAGAACUGGGUGAUCGACAGGGAGUUUCGUUUUACUCUAUCUCCCCUGACGGUCGCUUUCUUGCGUUUAUUCUGGAUACCAAGACGUCAAAAAAGGGAGAGAAAGAGAAGAUUGAAGUGUGGAGGGAAAAUGUAAACUUCAAGACGCUCAACUUGAUUGAUUUGACCGAUAAAUCAAAGAGCUUCCGGAACCUGUUAUCCAAUCAAACCUCGCAUGUCGACACGUUUUCUUGGAGUCCAGAUAGCUCCUCCAUUCUUUACCGUACCAUCAGUCAUAACGACAUUGAAGCCCAAGCCGAACCCACAGAGGAAUAUGUGGUAUCGAUCAGUACCGGCGAAGUGCGCAAAGUGUUUCAAUAUCCUCAGCAGCCAAGGGGAGCUACAAUCUGGCGAGAGAAUGGAAAAAUUGCCAUGCUACAGGCGGCCAGCCCAUCCGAGCUUAUUUCUGCUACUUGUCUCUGGUCUAGGCAGUCCGUGCAGGGUGUGGGAUCAGAGCGCACUGCUUAUGGGGAAUCGAACGACGUCAAUCGCAUUGGCGACCUAGGUGUGAAAUCACAGUUCGCUGUGGAGGUGCACGACGGGUUGAUAACCAAGCUGGAUGUCUACGAUGAGAAUGACCAAGCGUUCACGGUCUUCCAGACAUCUGUGGACUACGCCAUUACUUUAUGGGACAUGGUUUUGACUGACGACGGGAAGUAUGUGCUGGUGGUAACAAAAAGUUCGACCGUCUCAGGUGAAAUAGAGAAUGUAUGGUCGGGAGUUGGUGAACCCGGCAAGGAUUGCGUUCUUUCGAAAAAAUUAUCAUCGCACAAUGCUUGGUUCGACACAAAGACGCCUCCUGAUGGAGACGCUUUCUACUGGACAGCAUCCGAUGGAGAAAAGAUGGAGGGCGUGAUCAACUAUCCCAAAGGUGUCGAGCUCAAAAACUUACCGACAAUAAUUGUUGCGCAUGGUGGUCCAAGCUCGCGCGAUACUCUGGGGUUGGGCUUCACAUGUUCAAGGUGGCGUCCAUACCUGGCUUCCCAUGGCUAUCUUGUACUUUCUCCAAACUACCGCGGCAGUACUGGGCGUGGAGACAAGUUCACCAUGGCCGCAAAUGGUGGCGUCGGUGGGAUAGAAUGGACAGACAUCGAAGAAAUGAUUCAAGAAGGAAUAUCGCGAGGGAUAGUCGACCCUAAUCGCAUUGGAAUCGCUGGAUACAGCCAAGGCGGGUUCCUCAGUGCAUGGGGAGUCACAAGGCCGAACAAUAAUUUCAAGGCGGGCGUAAUUGGCGCCGGAGUGACCGAGUGGGGUAUGCUGGCUGCGACGUCUGAUAUGCCGGACGUUGAGGCUGCACUUGGAGGCUCUGGACCUUGGACUCCUGGAAAGCCGACUUAUCUAAAAGGAAGCCCGCUGAAAGACGCACAAUAUGCCAAGGCUCCUAUCUUAUUUUUGCAUGGAAAGAACGACGCUAGGGUUCCCCUCACGCAAGCUAUUGGGCUUCUACGUGGUAUUGAGAGGGAAGGGAAAACAACAAUACCUCCACAGCUCGUAGUGUAUCCGCGGGAAGACCAUGGGUUUGAGGAGCGCGGAAACGCGGAGGACAUAUUGAAAAGGGUUCUUGAUUUUCUCGACAAAUACGUCAAGUAA